AUGACAGACGGUGCUCUUCGCAGUGUCCGUAGAGCAUCAUUUUGUUUCUGCUUGUUUCUGCAAACUAAUUAUAAACAGACCUGGCACCCAGGUUUCCGUGCUGGGUGUGGAAUUAAAUCAAAUAACGGGAAACCUUGGAGCUUAAGUUUUUUUCCUAUGACAUUGUACAACACUCAAAAGUCUGCAGUUAAAAACGUCAAUAAAUUAUGAGGUGACUUGUAAAGAAAGCAGAACGAAACAGGGUUGGAGCAACUCACUGAUCUGUAAACUGUAAAGUUUAUUGAAUUUAAAGUUUAUUGUCAUCCGAAUAUACAACACAUUUUUGAAGAUUAACGACAGGAAACUAAUUACCUGUAGAAACCCGUACAUAUUUUAACUACGAUUAACUAAUAUCGAUUGGAAACUUUUCUUGUCCAAAUUAUAUAGAACACAAGAAAACAGAGGAUACUGUCGACAUUAAAGUAAGAGUACUCUUCUUUUCUAUCUCCGCAAAGUUGGAACAUGUUCACGAGAGUUCGGAGGUCAAAGGAUUUGCUGGGAUUGAUCAUUAUUCAUCUCAAACCAGAAACUGGACGAAGUGGGAAUUUGACGCUGAUUCAUUUGAAGAAGCAAUGACCGAAGUUAAAAAGCUUGAGACACAUAUGUAUAAUAUUCCAAACUUUGUUAAUCGCAUGCCUCACACAAAGCUCUUUGCCCUCCGCAUAGUGGUCACGCCGAAUGUUGGAGACGUGUUUAAGGCAGCUGUGUACCUUGAACUGGAAAAGAUGUUAAACGAACUCCAAGUAAUGUCUGUAGCAUCUUCCAAGUGCCGUAUUGAUUUCAAAUCAAACGGUCACUGA